AUGCCGCCACUAUACGCCGAUAUCUACCAGAACUGCCACUUCCCCACCGGAAGCUGGUUUAAGAAACGAGAAGACAGCAUCGUUGCAGUGGCUGGGCGGAACUUCCGCCUGUUACGUGUCUUCUACGGGUCGUACUCCAAGGAGCGCAACGCAUGGAAGGUUCUCUUCGACGGGGUGGAGGUGCACAAUGGCGAUCUCAACGGGGAUGAGAUGGUGGUGCUCAGGUUUCGAUACCAGCUGCCUCCAAUCGAUCGCAACACAAGCAAACCCAUCGAGCGAUCGGACUUUAUGCACACGGGUACCCUGCGCAGGGAGUUUGACCGCGAGAUCCGAUGCAUGCAGGCCUGCCAUGGAUCAGGCCAUAUGCCCGAAUAUAUUGCGCAUGAGGAGCACGCCCAGCGACUCGCUGAAGAUCCUUAUCCGGACGGAGGGCUGGUCCUUGCUCUCGUCAUGACCAAGUUACACGGCCAACACUUGGGGUUCUAUGAUCCAUGGCCCAAGCCGUUGUUUCUCACGCCAGACGACAUGCGCAGUAUCCGCCAGCAGUGCGUCGAUGCCCUCGAAUAUGCUCGCCAGCGAGGAAUGGCACACAACAUCGGACCUGACAAGAUCAUCUUCGAUCCAGAGACGAAAACAGUAUCCUUAUAUCCAAUGGACCAAUUCUGGUUUGAAGAAGACCAGAGGAGCACCAUCGGUCUUGAUUCUCCCAUCACAGAAGAGUCACCCCAUUUCUUUCAGUUUAAGAGUAGGCUUCAGGAUGAGUGGCCUGAUAAUGAUGUUGAAAUUCCUCUCCCAGAGGAUUCAUAG